CAAUGCUGCUGGUUCCAGAGAUAACUGGAAAAGGACCUGUAGCUGGUUUUCCUCACCCCAGUUAGGCACAAUUCAACUUCUUGGAAUGGAAAUGCAAGGUAUCUUCCUAUUUGUGACGUCCUUCAGAGGCAAGCCAGACCGCCAUACCAGACUGGUUCUCCACCACUUACCCAUCUUGAACCAAGGCGGUUAUGUCUCACCUCCUCCUUUAAAAAGAAAGCCUGGAAUAGGGCUUUAUAGAUUACUUAGUUGUCUUCACAGCAGAUGCUAUUUUUAGCGUUGAUAUUUUUGGCACGCUCAGAUGUGAGCCAAGCACAUUCUUGUGUAAUUUAGGAUUUGAUAAUGCGUCCACGUAACUUCUGUCCAGAUACGCUUUAUAAAAAUAGCAGUUGUUUGCAUUUGAUGUCAUUUUAUUAGUCAUUGCUAAAAUUAUUUGGUCUGAGAGUAGCAAACUGUUUCAUCAGAAUUAUUGCAGAAGUUGCUUAUGAUUUAUCAACUCCUGCAGUAUAGAAGGAACUUUGGAAAUCGGAACAUAAGCCUAAGAACCAGCUAAACAGUAAACGAUUCCUAUAGGCCCUUCGGAUGCUGUUGGACUCUGAAUCCCAUCAGCCACCCAGCCAGCACGGCCAUGGAUGAUGGGACUUGUAGUCCAGGAACGUCUGAAGGGCAACAGGUUCCACAUCUGUGAAGUAGGAGAUAAAACCUGGCCUAGCCACAUCUGGAAGGUUCCCCAUCCCUUGUGUAAGCUGUUAAAUGUAAUAAUACUGUAAAACAAAAACACACAACAAAAUUGGUCUGAGGUGUGAGUGGUUCUACCUGGUGGUUUGUUUCAGACAGUGGACCAUUUUUCUGGGCUUAUCAGAUAGCUUGUGUCUGAUUUCCAAGCUACUCAAAGUAUAUCUAUGUCACUGCAAGAUGCAGAGGUACAUGUACAUCGAGUUGAGGUGCUGGCCUGUGGAUUGUUUAAACCAUGGUUUCCUGUUACACCCAUACCAGGAAACUGAUUUAAUCCCCAGUUAUGAAACCAGGACUGAUUUCUAACUAGUAAUUCAGCCACGUGCCCAGUAAACCAUGGUUUCUGUCAGAGAAGGUGGAGCCUGUGACCGACGCUUGCACAAAUGGCAGACAGAAUAAUGCAAGCCGGAUUCAUAAGGGAACACUCCAUGAUGACCCUACUGCUGUUGCUUGCUGAAACCUUUUCAAACCACAGAAACUGCCUUGGUGAUCAGGAAUGUUAUUCCAAAUCAGAUCCUAAGGGUUUCAUUCUUUCUCCUUCCCACCUCCCAUUUUCAGCACGAGAAAUUGCAGGAGAGUCCGUUAGAUAUCAUAAGCGAGAAGGUUAAAGAGGAAAGCAGCAGCGACGAACUGAUGAUCGAGGAUCCUACGGAAGAGGAACGCGGAAACAGCAACGAGGUGUUGCCGGAUUCCGAAGCGAUGGACCUGAGGAAAGAGAAGAAGGAAGAGGAUGGAGAAGAAGGAAACAGCAGUGAGGAGAUAGUGGAUUCAGGAAGCAUUGAAAUCAGGGAAGAACAGGACACUCUGGAGCAGAGACUUGAGGAGCUCAAACGGAAAUACGGUGAUCUCUGUCAGAACAGCCCUGCCUUCCAGGAGAUGAUGCUGAGACUCAAAGCCGGCUGGUUAGGCCACAGCAAGGAAGGGGAGCCUUCUCUGGGGAGCUCGGAGCGGCUGCAGCUGAACCGGAUGAUGUGGGGGGGAGACGAGGUCAGCUUCCCCCGGGGGGACGGCCAAGCCGGAGCAUCCGAGGGCCACUCUCUGGACAGCCGGGGACCAAUUUCCAUCCCUUUCGGCAGGGGCUUCUUCGACUUCAGCGAGUUUGCCGUGCAGCAGAGCUUCCUGCAGAAGAAGGGUCUCCCAGAGGUCGCGAAGGGCUAUGGAGUGGUGGGCCUGAGCCCGGGCGCCGCGAAACCCCCGCCGGCCGAGAAGCCCUACAAGUGCAACGAGUGCGGGAAGAGCUUCGGCAAGCGGUCGACGCUGAACACGCAUGGGCGGACGCACACGGGCGAGAAGCCCUUCAAGUGCUCCCACUGCGACAAGCGCUUCAGCCAGAGCUCCCACCUGCAGCUGCACGAGCGGACCCACACCGGCGAGAAGCCCUACAAGUGCCUCCUGUGCGAGAAGAGCUACAACCAGCGCUCCAGCCUCAUCAUCCACGAGCGCAGCCACACUGGGGAAAAGCCGUACACCUGCCUGGAGUGCGGGAAGAGCUUCAGCCAGAAGGCCACGCUGGUCCUGCACGAGAAGAGCCACCGGGGCGAGAAGCCCUACAAGUGCCUGGAGUGCGGGAAGGGCUUCAGCCUGAGCGCCGACCUCAUCCGCCACCAGAGCAUCCACACCGGCGAGAAGCCCUACACCUGCUCCGAGUGCGGGAAGAGCUUCAGCCAGAACUCGCACCUCAUGGCCCACAUCCGGACCCACACGGGCGAGAAGCCCCACAAGUGCCUGGAGUGCGGCAAGGGCUUCAACUGGACCUCGGAGCUCGUCGCCCACGAGCGGACCCACACGGGCGAGAAGCCCUACCAGUGCCUCUACUGCGAGAAGAGCUUCAGCGUGCGCUCCAGCCUCAGCAAGCAUGAGCGGACCCACACGGGCGAGAAGCCCUACAUCUGCCUGCAGUGCGGCAAGGGCUUCAUCCAGCGCUCCAGCCUGGUGGCGCACGAGCGCUCCCACACCGGCGAGAAGCCCUACAUGUGCCUGGGCUGCGGGAAGUGCUUCCGCGAGAGCUCCCAGCUCAUCGCCCACGAGCGGACGCACACCAGCGAGAAGCCCUACGUCUGCCCCGAGUGCGGGAGCUGCUUCAAGGCCAAGGCGGCCCUCAUCCGGCACCAGCGUUGCCACCUGGGCCUGAACUCUUUCAUAUGCGCGGACUGCGGGAAGAUCUUCUCGUCGGCCGCCGAGAGCCCGGAGAAAUGCCCCGAGUGCGUCAACCUGGGCCUGAUGGCCGACCUCGCACAAGCCUCCGGAGAGGCCUACCUAGAGGCGGCAGAAGGAGAAGGAGGAGAAGACGGAAGUGAGGCGAAGAUAUGAGAAGCGUUUUUUCCUUUCCUCUUGGCCGGUGACCUCUUGCACCCUCUUUCAGGUGAAAGAUGGCGUCAAAGAACUGUGCCACAGCUGAGGGUGAACUCUGGUCUGGUCAGUGAAGGAAGAGCCGGUGGGCACAGUUGCCGUCUCCAAACAUAGCUGUGAAAAGGAUGGGUGGCCCUCCCCUCCAUUUUAGGCUUAACUGCUUCCUUCUCUUUCCUCUCCUCUUUUUUCUGGCCCUACGGCUCUCCCUUCUCCAUGUUGGGCUUAGUAAGGAAGGAGCGGUAUAGAGGUGUGAGGCUGCUGCCUAGCAACAGCCCACCCUGUUCUCCAUCGGCCUCCCAGGAAGCAGGAAAAGGCCUGUGCAAGAACAGGCCCGAAAUGCCUAACGGUUCUCUCCUUGUGGCAAAACAAUGGACAUUUUCAGACCACUGGAGGAGGAAAGCAUGGGGUAUGUGGGGGGAGAGAAGAUUGUGUAUAAUAGGAGGGAUGGUGAUGUGGUUUGAGGCCUACCCCAUUAGUCUCGCCCUCAACUCUUGCCUCAUUUUGUUUUUAUCUGGUGAGGAGGGUUUGGCGUGGCAAUUGGGCAGCCAUUUUAGCAUUGAUUCAUGCUGUGGCUUGGCCUAGAUAACCCCCUCGCUGUCAAGCCCUAACCGGACUGCAACGUUGCUUGGAUUUGGCAAAUGAAUUUCGCCUGGGCUUUGCUUUCCGCAGAAUAAGUUAAUGAAGAACUGCCCAUCAGGACAAGGUGGACCCAAGCUGGGGUGGCAAAAUGGGAAUAGCACUGACUGCCAAUCUGAGCCGGCCGAGGUGCCGGUCCAUGUGAUGGCACACGGCAAAGGAUUCGAAUCCAUGCCGGCCAUUUUACCCUGAGAAAUGGGUUGGGACCGUGGCAGCAUAAUAGGAAUGGACCAGGAACAGAAGCAAAACUGGCUUUCUUUUUUAGACGAAUUACGUUUUGAUUGUAGGAAAUGAAUUCAAUAUUUUGUCUUGUUUAGCAUCUGGCUUGGGUAGCAGUCUCAACUAGCGGUGUAUGUGAUAUUAUUUAUUAUAUAUAUAUAUGUACGUCUGUGAACUGUCUCCUCUUUGUCACGCUGAGGGUAGGCUUUUUGCUGGGGCAUUUUUAUCCUGUCUCACAUACAUUUUUCAAACAUCUCCAGACUGCUGGAAUGGGCACAGAAUUGGACUUUAAUUUAGAGAUGUAGCAGGAUGCGGUGGUAGAAUCCAGAAAAGGGUCUUAACACCACUCCCCCCGCCUUUUGAAUCACACAGAUAUGUUUGGUUGAAAGGAGAAAGCUACCAGAUAAGGGGGGGAAAGAGUCUAGCCCAGACCACUUCUUGCAAGGGAGUUUGUUAAGUGAGGAAUCAUUUUUUAGAAGUUACAGCCCCAUUUUACACUUCAGGACUCUGCCACCUCAUUCCAUUCUUUGUGGAGACAAGGCCUUAGAGCAGAGAUGGGGAACCUCUGGCCUUAAAUAUGGUGUUGGACUCCAUUUCCCAUCAACACCAGCCUGCAGAGCAGCUGGGCAUGAUGGCAGUUGUAGUCCAGCAACACCUGGGAGGACAACCGUUUUUGCCAUUUCUGCUUCGGGAGACUGUCAGCACCUCAUACCAGGUUCAAGGAACCUUUGGGUGUUGCUGAAACUACAAUCCCCUGGCUACUGGCCAUGCUUACUGGGGCGGUGGGAAUUGUAGUUCCUCACACCAGUUUUAGACAAUUGGGCGCCAGCCCAAGGAAUCAUGGGAGUUUCUGUGAAAGGGACAAAGAGUUUCUCCAGCAAAUAAUUCUCCUCAGCAACCUUCCCCAGCCUGGUGCCCUCCAGAUUUUGUUGGACUCUGGUCAUCCCUGAGCAUUGCCGUGCUUCCUGGGGCAACCUUUGGCUCUCCAGAUGUUGAUGAACUGCAUCUCCCAUCAGCCCCCACAAGGGUGACCCAGGAAUGCUGGGUGCUGUAGUCCCAACAGCAGGGUACCAUUUCCUCAUCUUGGCCUUAGAAGGCCCUAAAGGGCUAUUGAAGGCCUCACAGGAGGUCAUCCUCCCCCUUCACGCCACUCCUGAGCUGCUUGACUGGGGGGUGGGGAUCUUGAGUGAUCCUUUCCCCUCUACCGCCAGUUCAACAAAUCUUGACUUAGAUUGACUUGGUUCAGAAGUAGUCCCUUUUUCAAAUGUGGGUACCAUUAUCUCAUGGCCCAGAUGCCUCGUUUGAAAGUAGAAAUUCAGUGUCAGAUUCUCCCUUUACAUGACGAGCUUUCAAGCCAGGGAGAAGAGUGGAUUUAGAAGUCUGGCACCCACGUGCUUCAAAUACUGGAAAAAGAUUAUAAAGAGGGAGAAAAGCACAGGUGCACUUUCAAAUAAGUAAUUCCCCCUCUGCGUGUGAUGUUUCUGUCACUUAUUUCAGAUAAACACAUAACUGUGGAGAAUCUAUGCUGGUAUUUGGGAAAGGAGUAUUUGGAGUGUGGCAUCUGACGGGGGUGCUUUACCGCUGUGCUAGAUCCCAAAUAUAGGAAUCUGUGGUCUGAAAGUUGUGUGGUUACCUAAAAAAAAAUAACCGCAGAAGGAAGAAUCACACAUUUCAUUCCUGCCAGCAAUAUAGGAGGUGAAAUUGUGACCCUCCAGAGGAUUGUUUGACUCCAACUCCCAUCAGGCCUGCAGCCACCAUGGGUUGGAGGGUGUUGGGAUUUGUAGUCCCACAACCUCUGGAGGGCCACAGGAUCCCCAGCCCUGAUCUAUAUCUGCACCACCAGAAUCUUCACUGGUGUACGCAAGACACAGGGAGCUUGCAGCCUUCAGUAUGUUUUUGAACUCUCAGCUCCCAUCCCCGGCCUGCAUGGAAAAUGGUCACGAAUAAUGGGAGUUGUAGACCAUGUUUGGAGGGCCACAGGUUCCUGUGUUGCAUUCUAGGGUUUAUUUAAGGCCAUGAAUUUCCCCUGAAAAAUUGGACGCUACUAGCAAGAAAGGGGAGACAUUACUGAACAACCCUAACAAACAAACCGACUGCCUGUGCAUAGCUCUUUUUAAUCCCUUUUUGCUGAUUUUUGUUUUAUUUUAUAAAAUGGUAUUGUUCGCUUUCUCUCUCUCUUCAUCUCUAGCUUUCCUUUGAAUACAAAUAUGCUUUGUUUUGAAUACCUUUCUGCCUCUUUUUCUGCUUUAUUUCUUAAGCUGAAUAAAAUGAUCUUUGCAAAA